AUGAACGCGAGAUUGACGUCCGCACCCGAGUCGCCCGCAUCGGGCGCCAAACCGACGCUCACACAAGGUGCGGCUGCACAGACGCGACGUCCGCAAGCGGCCGUCACGCAAUCAAGUGCACCAUCCAGAACCCAACCCGAUGGCCGCCAAACGGAAACGUCUCCGAAAUUCGAGACGUGCGAAAAGGUUCAAGACGCUCCGACGCCUGUCCCAUCCACGAUUGCAAUUCCCAACGCAAGCCAUGAGCAGGGCAUCCGUACACUCGCUCAGUCCGAUCGCGGCGAGAUGGACAUUUCCACCCGAUCUCUUCCAAGCGAUCCGGUUAGCACCCUCAUGACUGCGCAUCCUGCGAGCGUGCUGUCCGGUCCCAGCAUCUCGGCUGCCCAGUCCGGUCCCAGCUCGAGGGUUGGAGCCGAUGCGCAACAUAUCAUCUCGCGUCAAACCAUGAUGUCGUUGCCGUCUGUCGCAAAGCUUGACGUUACCUAUCGCAGCCAACCAAACAUGGAAGUAGAUCUCCGUGAACCUGAGCUCCAAAUGUCUCCUGCGGACAGCACCAAACCAACUAUCCCGAAGUUGGACGUCAUACGUUUACGGCCCCGUCCCGAGCAAGUUCGGACCGAGGGAGCAGCCGUCAGACCCCAACGUGACCGCCAGUCACCUGCUACCCCCACGAGUCCACUCGGAGACGCCCGCUCGCGUGUCAACAGCCAGCGGCGUGCGCCAUCGAGUAGGAUCGAUGUCGUCUCGCUGAACAGACGGGCGUCCAUAUCCUCGCCGAGGCAGAGGAGGGCGUCGAUCAUCACCAGAUCCAGAUCCACCAGCGAGAAUGGAACGGCGCAGCCCCUGUCGAUGUACCCGCUGAGACAGGCUGUUCAAUGUCCGGAAGGAUUAGGCUGGUCGCCAUUUGCUACCGAAACGACCAUUGACAAACCGGCCCUCGUUGAACGCGAUGCUUCGAAGCAAGCCAAGCCUGCUGGCAAUGACAUGGAGGUGGUCACCCAGUUUGACUGCGUUCCGAAGAUCGCAACCGUGUUUGCCCGCGCUAAAGGCUCACAGCCCGAUCCAAACGCCAUUGAAUCAGCAGCCCUACGCUCGUCAACGCCAGAAGUAGCCCUCGCGCAACAAACCGUUCCCCAACCGGCCCCCACGAAGUCAGUCGUAGUAAAACCGGUCCCCACAGAGCCUGCUACCGCAGAAGCGGUCCUUGCUGCCGCCACAAUACGAACAUCCGCAGCUCUAGCAGCUCCGAGCCUGGAGGCCCACGUCCAAAAGUACUUCGACAUCCUUUCCUCGCGGACGCGCAUCGUCGAAUCUCAACCGGAAAAACUCACGACCCUCUUCUAUACGUCAGCGUUCAGCCAUGCUCCCGGCUGCGAAUACGCCGUCCGCAUAUUUCGUGAUCCGACGAUGCCUGGCCUUUGGGCGCUUGAUUUUUAUUCCAUUCGCGAGCGCCGGGUUGUCAACUCCUCGCGGCUCGGAUACGAGAUCUGGCCGGAUAUCAAUCUCGAAGACCCCGACGACCUGAGAUUUCCUGCGCGACUCGUACCCAUGCAGGCGACCGUAGGCUAUCGCUACGAGGACAUCCCAGAGGGCUGGGAGCGGUUGUAUGCCCGGCUUGGUGCGGAGCUAAAGGUAAUCCGGCGUAGGGAGUGGAAGAAGCCGGUCUUGCGGUUCCGUCUGCCGACGGUAUAUAACAUCGAAGCCCUAGUUCGUACCCUAUGA